AUGACUGACUGUGGACAAAAUAGGAAAUUGACCAGAGCAAAACUGGUGGUACUAGGCCGAGACAACUGUGGAAAGACUGCUCUGUGUGUCAGAUUCAUCACCAAGCGUUUCAUCGGGGAGUAUGACCAUAAAAAGGAGGUGACCUACAGGUGCCAGAAACUUGUGGACAAAGAAGUGAUUGAUCUGGAGAUAUUGGACACAGCUAACAAGGUAUGUGUGGGGCCUGCAGCCAGUUCCCUGGAGAGCUCCAUCAAAUGGGGAGAUGGCUUUCUCAUCAUGUACUCUGUCACAGACCGCGGCAGCUUUGAGUCAGUCUCACGCCUGAAGAGGCUCAUCGACCAUGUGAAGCAGACCCUAGGCAUUCCCACUGUAAUUGUGGCCAACAAGUGUGACAUGGAGAAUGGACGAGUGGUACGAACAGAGGAGGGACAGGCCCUGGCCAGUGACCUGAGGUGUAAUUUCUAUGAGCUGUCAGUGGCAGAAGGCACAGCAGCAGUGGAGACAGCGUUCAACCAGUUGGUGCGGGAGGUGAGGCUGGAGUUCUACAGGCAUCUGCUGGCUAUGGACAAGCGCUCACGCAUGCUGCAGAUGAGACACGCACUGAAGAACAAGCUUACCCGCAGUAAGACCAUGCAAUGGUAAUUGCUGCAGGUGUGAGAUACAGUA